AGUUCAAUUGGCUGGCAUAAAAAAUGAUACUGUGGUGGAAUUACAGGUGGAGAGAGAGAAUAAAAAGAGCGGCGAUUGAAGCACUUCAGCUGAUAUGAAGGAGCGGAACGCGUAUAAAAGUUGUGAUUGAACUUCUCAUUGAGUACAGAAUCAAUUGAGCAAUUGCUAUGAUCGGAUUGUCCACAUCAAAUCCGACAAUUUAGACUCAUUUUUUCGGGUGCCUUGUGUGAAUUUUGCUAUUACGACAGUUCAAACUUAAAAAGAAGCAGUUUAAGUUCAGUGCGACGGCGUGUCAUGAAUUCUAAAUGGUGCAGAGGAAUGCAAAGCAGAUGAAUUUGCAUUGCUAAAUGCUCAAUCUAAGAUAUACAGAGAGUGUCGGACAAUUCAGUGAAAUUCCCAUUUGAAAUAAAAACGACAACAACAGUGAGACAAUAUAUAUUCAGUUACAUUUUUUGCAUUUUAUAUAUCCCUCCGUAUUUUUAUCGCUAUUAUUAUCGUUACAUUGAGUGCGUCGCGUGUCUUUUCGGAGAGCAGAAAAGUGUGCCCUUUAUUGCGGAAAUAAGUGACGGAAGAAGAAGUGAUACGAAUUCAGGCGUUUUAGCAUAACUCUCGAGUUCACAAUCAUCCGUGUGCUUGGGAAUAUUGACAGUGCUUUUAGUGUUUAUUGCCGCGCUAUUCAUCCCCGAAAACGAUCUUUUGGGCGCCAAUGAAGCGGAAUACACUGUAAAAUUGGCGUGUAUCAGUGAUUGAGUGACACACAAUCUGGAUGUGAUAAAGACUGCUGGGCGUUAAUCUCAUUCCGGCCCCAUAAAUAUCAUUUGGCCAUCCAGCCAGCAAUAUCGAGAUUACUCGGGAUUAAGCUGAUUGCGUGGAGGCGAUAAAGAAAGGUGUUGUGGCUUUCGCGGGGGCGUCAUAAAUCAGUGAGGAUAUGGAGAAGAUACAGCAGCCGUCGCCACCGGGUGGUCUCUUCGGUGUUCGACACCUGCAGACAUUCCUCCUCUUCCUCUGCCUCACAAUCGCCUACGCCAUGCGUGUCAACCUGUCCGUGGCAAUUGUCGCGAUGGUGGACAGAAAUUCCACUAAUCCCAACUUUGAGGAGUACGACUGGGAUGAGAAGACGCAGUCGGUGAUUCUCAGCAGCUUCUUCUGGGGCUACAUUGUGACUCAGGUGCCGGCCGGGAAGCUGGCGCAAACGUACGGCGCGAAGAUAAUGCUAAUCUUCGCCAUGGCCAUUUGCUCCGUUCUGAACAUCCUCACGCCCCUGGGCGCUUCGUACGGCGGAUGGAAGCUGGUGUGCGCCUCCCGCGUCUUCCAGGGACUCUGCCAGGGCUUCAUCUUCCCCUCCACCCACACCCUGCUGUCCAAGUGGGCGCCCGUCUCCGAGCGCGGGAAGCUCAGCACCUAUUGCUACUCAGGCGCACAAUUCGGCACAGUGAUUAUGCUAUCGGCCAGUGGAUUCCUAGCGUCUUCCUUCCUCGGUUGGCCGAGUGUCUUCUACGUGGCGGGCUUCGCCGGUGUCUUCUGGUCAGUCCUGUGGUACUUCUUCGGCGGCAACUCCCCGUCCGAGUUCAAGAGCAUCUCGCCAGAGGAGAAAGAAUUCAUCGAGAAGUCUCUGAAUGUGGGAGAGAAACCGGAAAAGCGAAGCACAGCGACGCCUUGGAUGCAGAUUUUCACCUCGCUGCCCUUCCUCUCGCUCAUGCUUGUGCACUGCGGCCACAACUGGGGCUUCUGGACGCUCCUCACGAAGAUUCCCACUUACAUGAAGAACGUCCUCGAUAUGGACAUCAAGCAGAACGCUUUGCUCUCCGCGCUGCCCUACUUGGCCAUGUGCCUCAUGAGCUACGUCUUCAGCUACCUGGCGGACGUCCUGUCGCGCCGCGAAGUCAUCCCGCUCAGCGUCAGUCGCAAGCUCUUCAACAGCAUCGGCCACUUGAUCCCCAUGUUCGCCCUGGUGGCGCUCGGCUACGUGACGAAGGACAACGUGGAUCUGGCAGUUGGACUGCUCACCAUCGCUGUGGGCAUCAAUUCAGCCACUUACUUGGGCUUCCAGGUGAGCGAAAUCUGCCCUGAAAUCUCUCGAAGUGCGCGGCCAAAGAGCACACCCUUGGCCUCUCGUGCUAAAUACACCAAUUUGCUUGCGAUAAAUUACAUUAUUAGAGAGACCAGAAUAGCCUUGACGUAAUUAUUUGGUAUGCGUGCAAUUUCACUGCACAUGAUAAAUAGCAAUUGGAGAUGCGAAGUGUAUCCUAAAUUAUCAAUUAACAACUUGCGUAUUAUCAGCGGCGAGGUGGAAAGAAAAUUAUGUUGGGAGAAUGAUUUGAAGAUAAAGCAGGGCAAAUAGAGAGAUUUGAAAGAGUAAAUUUGGAAGGGGCAAACAUUCUUUUAUUUGCUGAAACGCGCGCGGGUUUAUUUAAUUGUUUCUCCCAAUGUUGUUACACGCCAGAAUUAAUGCCAAAUAUUUAUUUGAUGUGUGGAAGAGAAUUAAGCCGCACUGGCCGAAAGGCAAAGACUCCAAUUCUGUGCACGAUCUGGAUGAGGCUUAAGAACUCGCGACGACUUUUUGCCACUCUCCUGCUCAUUGCCUCUCAUUUGUUUACAAAUGAUUCUUUCCCACGCCUCCGAUUUGGGAAUUCCCACAGACCUGGUCUGAAAAAAGAAUAUCUUCUGUGUCGAAUCACCUUACAAGGCGUCUGACAGGUCGUACGUAUUUAAUGUAUGAGUCAAUUAUGUGGUGUGGCCUUUUGCGGCAUUUCGGCGCCAAAAUCGACAUCUCAACCGGUCAAUUCACUGAUAAUUCAAGCGAUCUCCCGCCAAUUUAUUGGCCAUUAACCAUCUCUAGAUAUAGAUUUUCGACUGUAUCUCGUGUGCGCGGGCAAAAAAGAGCAACUGGCGUGAAUAUUUAAUCACUUUGAGUGUGUGAUUCAGCAUAGAAAAGCGCGACACUGAACUUGGCCUUGUGUGGAAUUCUUGCUAAUCGCGAGAGAAAGAAUUGUGAAUGACAUUUGCAACACUUUCCGCGUCACACUGAAAUUUUCAUUCUUUUCACGCCGCAAGCACCUUAUUUGAGAAG